GGACUGAGAACGGUGGAAUUUUGGAAUAGCCUUCCCUUUUUUCUUUUCCAUCAGUUUUAAUCGAUAUCUCAGCCCGAAAUGCUGCCCUGUAUCAUUUUCAUCGCCUUGUUUGUCACUGCGGUCCAAUCCCAAGAUAUCCAUCCCUCAAAGGCAUCAUCCACGAUUAGUGAGUCUUGUGAUUCCUUGUGCUCCUGCGAGGGGAAAGAUGGCAUCCUUCAUUUUAACUGCGAGCAGAGAAACAUCAGCAAAAUCUCCCAAAUCAAAGUCCCGUCAGGUGUGCCCUUCCACCUGAACCUUUACAAAAAUGACUUGGUUGAGCUGCGUGCAGAGGAAAUGGAAGGGCUUAACAACGCCCUGUCGCUGCACAUUGGGGGUAACAGCAUACAAGAGCUGGAACCAGGGGUCUUUAGCACUCUUAGUUCACUGAAAAAACUCCACAUAAAUAGCAAUUUCCUCGUCACUUUGAAAGAGGACACUUUUCAAGGCCUGGUGAAUUUGGAGUUUCUCCAGGCUGACACGAAUUUCAUUCGGGUCAUUGAGCCGGGGGCCUUCAACAAACUAAUCCGCCUCAAGGUCCUCAUCCUGAAUGAUAAUUCCAUAGAGUUUUUACCCAACAACAUUUUCCGGUUCGUGCCCCUCACACACCUGGACCUACGUGGAAACAAGCUCCAGACACUGCCCUAUGUAGGGUUCUUGGAGCACAUUGGAAGGAUAAUGGAACUUCUCCUUGAUGAGAAUGACUGGGUCUGUGACUGUGAUAUUUUACAUUUAAAAAUAUGGAUGGAGAACAUGAGAGCCCAGUCAUUAAUCGGGGAUGUGGUCUGUAGCACGCCACAGCACCUUAAGGGGACCAUUCUGGCUAGAGUGAAGCGUGACGUGCUGUGCCCGUCCCAUGCAAUUAUCAACCUGGAGGAGCCAUCAAAGUCACUGGAUAUGGUUGUUACUCCCUCAUCCAAAGUGUCUCCGAAUCCUAAGUUGAUCAACGCCAAAGAUGACGCCAAGGUACCGACACCCUCUCACUCUCCUGGCAGUCCUUGUGUGGAACACUGCUCCUGCCACAAUCACCCUGUGGCUGGGUUUUUGAUGCAUUGUCAGGACAGAGGAAUUCAAAAAGUGUCAGAUAUCGGAAUACUUCAGCAAAGCCCCACAAAGCUGGUCAUGACGGGAAAUAUGAUCCAGAAACUCUUGAAGUAUGAUUUUGUCACAUAUGAUGGUUUAGAAUUGCUCAACUUGGCGAAUAACAGAAUUGAUUACAUAGAUAAUGAAACUUUCCUCAGCCUGAGCAGUUUGAAAAAACUCUACCUGAACGGCAACAGAAUCGAAAAAAUGUUCUCCACAAUGUUUGUGGGGCUGCACAACCUUGAAUACCUGUAUCUGGAAUACAACCUUAUCAAAGAGAUUGCUCCAGGCACAUUUAAUCCCCUGCCAAACCUGAAGCUCUUGUCAUUAAAUAACAACCUGCUCAGCUCUCUUCCGGCGCAGAUAUUUCGCAAUGUGCCCCUCAUCAAAUUAAACCUGAGGAAAAAUCUACUUAUGCACCUGCCAGUAAGCAACGUGCUUGAUCAACUUGACGCACUCGAGCAGAUUUAUUUAGAGGACAACCCCUGGGACUGCAGCUGUGACUUGCUCAGCCUCAAACAAUGGGUGGAGAAACUCAGAAAGGACACAGUGGUGGGUUCCAUUUUGUGUAACACCCCAAAGAAUGUGAUGCAGGCUGAGCUGAGAAGCCUUCGUCAUGAGAUGCUAUGUCCUGGCUUAGGGACAUACUACCCAGGUGAGGAGGAGAGUGUGACAGCCACACUGGGGCCUGACAGCAGUGGCAGGGGUUUGUUCAGCUCACUCACAGACACUGUCCCACUAUCUGUGCUCAUCUUGAGCCUUCUUAUUCUUGCUCUCAUGAUUAUAUUCUGCUCUGCCGGGCUGGUAGUGUUUGUGGUUCACCGGCGGCGAAGAAGGGCAAAGAAAAAAGCAGCAGAGGAGCAGCCAAGAGAAAACUCCAACAGUAGUCCCAUCCACUUACAUUACAGCAUGUAUGGGCAGAAAACCACACACCACACUCUGACCCAAAGAACUGGGUCUGCAACUCUGUAUGAGGACAGAUCACACAGUCCCAUUGUUCAGAUCUGCCGCAACCCCACCUACUGCUCCCAGCACAAGGAACAUGACGCAGAUUUGGAUUAUAGCCUCGACGAGCCUAGCGGCAAGCAUCACGUCUGCCGGAGUAUCAUGGAGAAGGAGAACACUUCUCCCCUCACAGGGAACCCUAGCUCAAAGUUCAGACCCAUGACUGGAGAGUGCCCCGCGGAGUUUGUCACGCUUGGGAACCCCAACUCUUUUUACAGGAACAUUCUUGAGAAGGAGAAGGAGCUGCAGCAGCUCGGAAUAAGCGAGUACCUUCGCAAAAACAUGCCCCAGCUUCAGUCUGCUGUGGAUAUGCAUGUCCCGGGGCACCAGGAGGAGUUAAAGCUGAUGGAGACAAUUAUGUACUCAAGGCCGCGCAAGGUCAUGCUAGAGCAAACUAAGAAUGAGUACUUUGAGCUUAAGGCUAACCUGCAUACUGAGCCGGACUACUUGGAGGUUCUGGAGCAUCAAACUGCAUUUAACUGAGCUAAGGCAGAAAAAAAAAAAUAUAUAUAUAUAUAUAUUAUGUUUUGAACCAAGUGCCUUGUCCCGUUUCCCCUGCUGUACGUUCCACAGUGUGAAAUAUGUAUCAUGGGCACAUCACUUUAAGUUUAACAGUAGCACAGAAUGUAACUGGGUUCUUUUUUUUGUUACUAUCUAUUGACAGCCAUUUUAUGUAGCUGGUGAAAGGUGUCAUAUGUUUUUGGCCAAAUGUAACUUACAAGAAGCGGUCGCAGUCUGUUGAGCAGGCAUCUUUGAAACUCACUCAAUCAAGGUUUUAUGAUUGAUUAAAUUUCCAUGGCUUUAUCACAGCCAAAUGAAUUGAUCCACACGGCACACACACACACACACACACACACACACACACACCCUACAUCUGAGGAUAAAGCAGAUGUUUGGGAAGAAAUUAGUGAAUUUCAAUCACCACUUGACCCAGAAAUGCUGUUUAUUCAGUCUAUCCUGGCUCAGUGUGACCUGAUUAGACCCCUCUGUCAACAUAAGCCAGAUGGAAAGCUGUAACCAGAAUGCUCAUUGUGCCGUGGAGUCAGCAAAACGCCAACUGUACAUCAGAAAAGCACUGAUACGAGUGCAGCUCCACUGCUGUUCUCCUGUCGGCUCCUCUGAUGGACCUAUCGCGCUGCACAGCUGCAGUCAUGGGACGUUUUAUUUAUUUUUAUACAAACUGGUGAUAUUUGCAGAAAGGAUGCUUUGUUUUCUCUCAAUCAGUAAAUAGAGCACUUAAAGUACAGUAUAUAAUACACAACUGUAAUCUUGUACAAAAUGCAUUGCACUAAUCAAAUGCCAUAAGAUGGUGCAUGACAAUCAACGGAGUCCUGCUGAAACUUUAGAUGUUUUGUUUUUUAAAUUCUGCCAGAAAAAAAUGAGCUAGAUAUGUGUAUGAUUUGUGUUUGUGUGUGAGAGAGAUGGCGUUUCAUGUCACUAUUUUAUGUCCGACUAUAUUCAAACAGCAUUCAGGAGCAUCGCACACUCCUCAUGCCGACGUCAACAGGCCUGGAACUGUUGUGAACUGAUCAAAGGUCGGGGAAUAUUAAUCUAUUAGCACAUGAAUGGUUACUGACGAGCAACGUUACUACCCAAAAGCCCACAGACUCAGCUCGUAUUUAAAGCAGUGGACUGCUGGGAAAUGACAUUUUGCAAUUGUGGACAACAUCACAGUUCAGGAUUUAUACCGCACACUCCGUUCAUACUCAUGGAAACGCAUUCAACUUCUAAACGGUUCAUGUAAGCACACACUCUGUAGCUUUUCUACGUAACUAGAUUGAAUUAUUUAUUCUGUAUAUUUUGUAUAUACUUAUGUUCCAUUAUAUCUUUGUUUUUUUGUGUGCCUUCAGUGCUGUACAGAAUAUAAACAGAAGUUGUAACUGAUA